AUGGCUGCGGAUCAGCGUGAAUUUAUUGAAAUAUACCAGUACGCCAAAAAAAAUAUAAAUCCUGAUUUAAUCUAUAGAUCAUUAUUAUACAAUUCGAAUGUUUUAACCAUGAUACCACCGCAUGAAACAUUAUCCAUUUUACAUCAUAUUGUAAGUCAUGCCAAUUUAGAUUUGUUUAAUAAAGUAAUUGCUAUUCCAAACUUAAGAUUGAUUCUAUUAACCAAAAGUGCAGGAAAACCAUCAAAAGAUAUCCUCGAAAUUUCACAUGAGAAAAUAAAAAAAAGUCAACAGCAUCAAAUGAUAUAUAAAAGAAUAAAAGAAUUAAAUGAACUAGAUAAAUUUGUUGAAUAUGCAAAACAUAAUCAAACUGACCAAUGUAAACAAAUGUUAAUUCAAACGGAUAUGGAUUUAGCUAAUAUGAAACCACCUUAUAGAAAAUAUUAUUUAAUACAUCAUCUGGCUUAUGCUAAUAAUCGUCGUGAAUUUGAUGAAUUAAGAAAUUUGGGUACAUGCCAUUUUAACAUGUUGCUAUUAACUAGUGAUAAUAAAACAGCAGCUGAAGUAGCAUUUGAGAAUCAUCAUCAAGAUUUUGGAAAUUAUUUAGAAUCACUCUCGCCGGAAAUGAAAAAAAUACGUGAAAAACAUCAGGCAAUACAACAAUCAUCAAUCAUAGCACAGGAAGAAGAAGAAAAAUAUGUUGAACAACAAUUACAAUCAAUACAGUUACCCAAUAAUAUGUUGUCAUGUUUUACAUGUCCAUUAACAAAGGAAUUAUUUAUUGAUCCCGUCGUUUGUGCCGAUGGGUUUACAUAUGAACGAGCAGCGAUUCAACAAUGGUUAAAUGGUGGUCAGAAUAGAUCGCCAAUGACCAAUAUGGAGUUAUCUAACACAAAUCUGGUACCGAAUAUUGUCAUAAAAUCAGCAUUGGAUGAAUUGAGAGAGAAAGAACAUCAAGUAUCUCGCCUUUAG